AACAAUGCUUAUUCACCUACCAUAGAGAACACAGUACCUUGAAUAUAUCAUUUGACGACCAUAAUCAAAGGUUGCCUAAAUAUCCAACAUAUCACUAUUGUUUGGCGACCCUGGUAAGUAGUUGUCGAAUUCUCUCAUUGAAAAUAAUAAAUUAUGGUUGCUGAAAUUGUAGUCCUUCACUAACAAUUUCCGGUUUACUCAAAUCAUAUUUUCUUAGAAACUAUCUAUUAUAGCAAUGAAUGAGCUUUUUCCUAUGCUAAAUGUCGGUGUUGCCUCUUGUCAACUUCUUUUUCACAUUUAAUGGACGAAGAAGGUUACUUCUUUUGGCCCAGCUCACGCAAUGAGAUAAUUCAAAUAUUUGGUUCAUAAGUUAUGUAUUUUAUUGACUCUGAAAUGUAAUCUCUAAUUGCUAUUGUUUUUGCAUGGUGGUGAUUCAGGUAAAGCCAAUGUCGUCUGGGAUAGAGUGGUUGUGAUGGGGAAAAGAAAGAGGGGCGAGGACUGCAUGAAUUAGUCUUUAGGAGUUAAAUAUGUACGGCAUGCAUAUUGUGGAUGUUUUUUAUUUUUUUAUUAUGGAUGCAUAUGUGGAUGUUGUUAAUGGAAUGUGACACAAUAUUGAUAGCUUGAAUGAAGGUAUAUAGGUAAAAAAAAUGGUAUUAUGUGACUAUGAAGCUUAUUCUAAGUUCUUCAUGGGCUUGAAAGCAUAUUUUAAAACCACACCAUCUCAUUUAGCCUCACCUAUGCAAACAUAGGGGUGUUUAAACGGAGCAAUUACCUUGGUAACCAUUUUAAUCGAUAGUAUCUGGAUAGUUUGGUUUGGUUAAUUUGGAUAAGUGAUUUGGUUGGGUUAAGUUUUUUAGCUUGUUUGGCUUAGGUGGUUUGGGUUGGUAUCGGACAUUCGUAACCAUUGAAACUAAACUAACCAGUUAAGUAAAUAGCCAUAUAUCUAAUAUAUAUUAUAUACACAUAUUAAAUAUUUUGCAUAACCACUCAAGAGGAAAACGUUUCUCCCUUUUAGCCUCAUAAAAGAUAAAGCUCAAUAUUGUUCAUAUUCAGUAUAUUUAUAUUUGUAGAGUGUAGACCACAACAUAUGAAUACCUAAGUUAGAUAAAAUCUCAUACAUUGUGUUGGAUGAAAACUUGAAAGGAAAGUAUUUUUAACCUAUGAUAAUUGUUAAGAGACUAAGUUAAUUCACACCAACACAAAUAGUUCACUAACCACAUACCAUUGGCAUAUAUUUUUGCUAGGUGAAUAUUUCUCUUGAAGGUAAGAUAAUCUUACCUUCAAUAGAAAUAAUUAGAUAAAAUUAUUAGUUGCAUGUGUUUAUAUUAAGAUUUAACUAUAACUAUGUGUUGAUUGCUAUGAUUUAUUCAUUAUAUAAAUUGCGAAUUAAUGAAUUAAUCAGAAAGUUUUCUCACUUGACAAUACUAGGAUGUUAUAUUGGUUAAUCUGGUUAACCAAUUAACCUAACCGAUUAAAAUUUAGUUUGUUUGAUAUGGUUGUUGUAUUAGUUUGGACAGUUUGGUUAUGAUAUUGUAGGACCAUUUGAACACACCUAUGCAAAAGUUCUAAGUUCGAAAUUAUGAGGGUUUGGGAAAUAUUAAGGCCACGAGAAACUAUGGUAAGUGGGUUUACUCUAUUAAGGGGAAAGACUAGUGUGGAUCAGUUUAGUAUAAUCUCUUGGCUCCUAGUCCUUGCAGCAAUACCUACAAGAGAUAAGAUGUUGAGAUGUUGGAAGAUCAUAGAUGUUGCAUGUGUCUUGUGCAAAAAUGAAACUGAAUCACGAGAACGUAUGUUCUUCAAAUGUUCUUUCUCAAAGACGGUGGUUGCUUUGUAUAUGGUUUGGAAUUAUUUUGUAAGGCAACAUGAGAUGAUACCUUGGUUGUUGCUUGUGCGCCAUCAAAAUGUCGAUUUGCUGCUAGCAGAUUGUACAUUCUCCUAUGGAAUGCUUAUGUUAGCUAUAUAUGGCAGGAUGAUCACCCAUAACUAACACAGGAAAAAUAGGCAAGGGCACCUAUCGUUCUAAGGUGGUAUAGUAGGAAGCAAGGUCGUAUCGACAGAGACUUCGUGUACUAGUACUCAACUUUUACCUAUUAUCUGGUCAAUCGUUUUUAGUUGAUUUUCGUUUAGAUAUAAAAACACAUGUAAUAAUAAAAACACAAUAAAAUAGUUUUCAAAGUAAAAUCAAGUGGAGAAGGCGUUGUCCCGGAAGUGAAUUCCCCUAAUAUGCAUUUUACAGACAAGUUGAAUUGAACAUAGACGAUUGUUCAUAUCUUAGAUCGUGAAAAUUUCCAAUUUAGUGUUUACCCGUUCGCACAUGUAUUAACACCCUUUCGAUUUAAGAAUCAAGUGAAACCGUAGCUUAAGUCUCUUAAACCAAAGCAUUAACCAGAUUUGUGAAUUUUCGUAUUAGGUUUUUAAGCUAAUCCAGAGGAACUACGUGACCCCAUCGCCGGUGGCUUCGAUCAAUUCGUUCUUUUCAUGAGAGAUCUAACAUGCAAGAUUACCUCGCAGUCUCAUUUACAUGUAUCAUACAAAAUAUUCAACAUACGCGUACUAUUGAUACUUGCACAUGAUAAGUCGAGAAAGGAUCGUAAGAAUGAGAACAACACGUCUAUAUCAAAGUUACCACUCAAUCCAUAUAAAGCAUAUUAGGGUUUAUCAAAUCCAGAACAAAUAGAAGAUUAGCCGAACAUGAUGAGGUUUAGAAAGAAUAAGGUUGAGAACAUUACCAUGAUGACGAUGAUGGCGAAGAAUGAAGGGGUUGAGAAUACGGUAUGUACAUUGAGUUAAUAGAUUACACCUAGCAAACUUCCGACGGGGGAAUAAUCGUUGGGCGAAAAUGGUGGAAACCGACCAAUCUACCACCACAUAUGAUUAUCAAAACCCCACAGAACAAAAGCUUACUUCGGUAAUCUCAAUAAUGCAAUAUACCACGGUAUUCCCAAAUACAAACACGAACAUGAAGAACAUGAUGGAAGAAGUACGAGAUGAUGAUGAUUAAUACGAAAAAAUGAGAGUUUUGACGGGAAAUGAAAACAACACUUUGAAAUAAAGUACACAAAAGGAGGACAGAAUUUGGGUUGGUUUCUGGGCUAUAGUGAGGGUAUUAUUUUAGCACCCUUUUCUUCUCUUGCAAGGCUCUAUUUAUAGGCAGCAGUAAGCCGAACAUACCCUACAACACGGUCAUGUUCCAGGCCGUAUUCAUAGCUAGUCGUCAUAACGACUUGUAAGUACUUGCAGAGACUGAUUGGCGAGUUUUCUUCUGAACGUGGUCAAAAACACGACCGUGUUCCCUUGUAGAUAGCCAAAAACUGUCGGUUGAAUGAUUGAAACGUGCUGGAAUUGGUUGACACCCCCAAACACGAUAGUGUUGACAAGCCGUGUUAGAUCCAGCGAACGGUAUCGUCAUAAAUGUUAUCUUCUGCCAAAAAUGAAUGCAAGACGUGGCCAGAUGACCAACACGAGCUGGAACACGGUCAUGUUGGUACCCAUGUUCUUUGUUUAAUGCUUUCUUCAACGUGGCACGAAAUUGGAGGUGUUACUGGUGCACAUGGCUUGGAACAUGGUCGUGUUCCAGGGUGUGUUGACCUCAACAUGUUUUGUGAACAUGGCAUGUUCCUGAGUGUGUUGAUGUUGAUGUGGUCGCGGAACAUGGCCAUGUUGGUCCUUUUGACAACUUUUCCUUCAGUAAUCAACAGUAGUCUAACUCUGCAGUUGCGGUUUGACUCUGUAUCAUCACUUGACUCGUCACAAUCAUAGUCAACAUGUUUCGUAUAAUAACACCAAAGGGGACGCGACUGGUGUGGUACGACUCUUUGCCCUCCCCGGGACGUUACACACUCGAGUUCCACCAAUGCCAGAUUCGAACCCUAACCAUCGUUUUGCUUUCUUCCUCUAUGUUCCUCGAACUUUUGUUUCUUUUGGAUAUAAUGACCUAAAAAAUCACUCAAACACAAAACCAAGCGUAAAACUGUAAAACCCAUACAUACUUUAAAACAUUCACAAGAUCAUACCGAUUAAAAUCUUUUACAAUUCCUUUAAUUUUACAACCCAAACCAUAAUUUACAGAAACUUUUAAAACUUCAGAACACAUGAUAGUAUAGAAGAUCAUCUUCUCUCAAAAUACAAUAAACAAGUCAUGUCGGAGUCCGAGUCCACCAUCCCACCUCAUUGAUGACGAGCUGAGCCUUGCUGAGUUCCCUCGACUUCUAGUUCAAAAGUUCUAAUCUGGGGAAAAAUGUUUGACGGGGGCGAGACGUCACCUCAGUGAGUAAAAGCUAACCUACCAAAAGUAUCAACACAAACGUAGUAUCUGGUGAAUUCAAACGCCAUUCUUAUUUCUUUUCCCCCAACAUGACUGAUCAUUCGGAUUUACUUUGUUCUUUCAUCCCAUACAGAAAAUCAUCACGAUUCAGUAACCAAUUGUACACAUACACAUACACACACAUAUACGCAUACGCAUACACAUACACAUACACAUACACAUACACAUACACAUACACAUGCACAUGCAUACAAUGAUGUUAGCCAAAUUACGUGUAUUUUAGCCUUUAGGUUGCCACGUCAUGUACUUCCCCGGGUAUUUCGCAGCUUUUGGCAUCCAGUGCCAGGCUGGUCGGACCCUAUAUCAUCUCGCAGCUUUUGACACCAUGUGUCGGGCCGGUCGGACCCCAUAUCACUUCGCAGCUUUUGACACUAUGUGUCUGGCCGGUCAGACCCUCAUAUCAUACAGUACAUAACGGCCCCUUUUAAUUUAAUUUAGGUGCUCAGACAAUUCUUUAGUUAGUCAAUCAAGCAGUAUCAUCAAUCAUGUAAGACAUAUCCAUUCACAAAAUCAUAACAUUCACAUAGUCACAUUCAUCAUUUCAUAAAAUCAUAACAUUCACAUAUGCAUAUCAUCGUCUUAUAAACUUCCCAUCAUCACAUUUUCGCCUUAUAGGCUUUCCAGUAUAACACGAUAGCCAGUUAGACUAUCCAAUAUCAUCACGUACUGGCUAUACUCCCCUCAUCGCCUUAUAGGCUUUCCAAUGCCGUAACAUUGCCUUCCAGGCCCUUUCCAUAUCACACAUACAUCACGAUUUCCGUUCAUAAUCAUCAUUCAUCACGUAUCACACAUACGUUGUCACGUAAUCAUGCACACAUCACAUUUAUUCCUCAUCCAUCACAUAUCAUUUAAUUCACCCACACAUAAUCACAACCAAGUAUAAAUCUCACAUUUCAUGUUCCAUAUUCGGGCCGCUUCAUAACCCGAAUACCAUAUUUGUAUCCAUAUGGUUAAUAGGUUAGAAUUUACUCACAGCUUUGUUGUUACUCUGCUAUUCCCUUGCCUUUCGAUGACUCCCCAGCUUUCUCCUUCCCUUUAAGAAGGUACAUAACUCCGCUUAAUACCAUAACUCUAUGUUCAGUAAUUAGCCAUCAAAAUUAACUAUUAAUCACAUAAUUAAAACAAUAGUGUCCU